GAGUGAGAGAGAGACAGCAAAGUCCCAGCGAAAGAGGCUCUGAUUGGAGAAGCUGAGGAUUGUGGGAGUUGUGGUGCGGAUUCUUCUUUGUCUUCUUCUUGUCUCUGACAGCAGCAGGAUGUUUGGCUCUGUGCUGCUCUGCUGUUGGUCCUUCAGUCUGCUGCGUCUCUCCUCCUCUCUGGUUCACGGAAACAUCCAGCUGGACGACGGUCCCGCCUCCGGCCGACGCACCGAAACCUCCUUCCUAUCAGACAUCGAGAGAAGCCACGCCCCCGACCCCAUACAUGACCCCGCCCUCCUACCUGUCGACUCAGUGGAGGAUCACUUCCUGAUGGACGCAGCGUCCUAUGAUGAGGACUCAUCAGCCGCCUUGCAGCUGCAGGGUCGGGCCAUGCGUUCACCUCGUCGCUGCAUCCCUCACCAGCAGUCGUGUCUGGGUUACCCACUGCCCUGCUGCGACCCCUGCGACACCUGCUACUGCCGCUUCUUCAACGCCAUCUGCUACUGUCGCCGAGUUGGCCACGCCUGCCCACCCAAACGCACCUGACCACACCUGAACACACCUGAAGCAUGCAGACUGAAAAACAAAUGCUGCUGAUGGGAAACAUGU